UGACGUAGCUUGAGAUCUCUUAACAAACCAAAUGUGAUAUAAAAGCGUUCGGGUUCCAUUUGGUGACAAAUAAUAAGCUCAAGUCCUGUAUUGAGAAGAAAUCAUGAGUCUGGUCUUCCUGCUCCUGGCGCUGGUGGCUAUGCCCGCCUAUUCCCAGAAUGGUGGCAAUGUGACUGAAUUCAGAGAGGAGGCAGAGGAACAAGAAACUAAAGCGGAAGAGGGAAAGGAGGAAGCGGAGGAAGAAGGAGAGGAGGAAGAAGGAGAGGAGGACGAAGAAGAAGAAGAGGAAGAAGAAUAUGAGGAGGAAGAAGAGGAGGAGGAGGAGGAAGAGGAGAAGGAGGAAGAAGAAGAGGAGGAAAAAGAGGAACAGGAAGAGGAUAGACAAAGAAUAAAAAGAUCAAGAAGAGGAAAGGAUGGUCGUAAUAGGACAGGAUGAAGCACAGGAUGAUGAGGUGACUGGAACAAUUUUUGGGUGUUGAGGUGUGAGGACAACAAACUGGCACAUUAUUCCGAAAGAAUGAAAUGAUUUUUAUGUAGGUAAUAAUUUAAUCAAAGAAGACUCUAGCAAAGUGUCAAGAUUUCUUUUCCCGCUCACUCAAUUUGUCUCAAUCAAAAUGUCAAAUUGUGCUUCAUUAAUAAAUGAUACAUAUUUUAUAAUCUAUGAAGUUGAUUUCUGUCAUGUACGAGACGGAGGACCCAGUUGCGUAUCGCGGACAAAGGAUUUUAUUGAUAUUGACAGGUAAGGGAAAACUAUCAGGUCAAGCGAUAAUGGCAAGUUGACAUACAGACCUAUGUCUUUCGCUAACGAUCUGACACUGGAUGUUGUCUGCUCGAGGCUUUUAUAGUUUUCUCAGUUAUUCUUUAUGACAUCAUAAAGGACUUUGUGAUGCAUGAGUAUGAAGCGACAUAAUAAAGGGUCUUGUGAUGUAUGAGUGUGAAACAAUAUGAUGAAACAUUACUAGCUGAAAUAUUACACAUGCAAGAAGAUGAGACAUUAAUGGCAGAAACAUUAAUACAUUAAUGGCUGAAACAUUAAUACGUGACAGAUUUCUGUUUGUUUGUAUAAAAACCUGAGCGUUUAGAGUUGACAAUACAUUGUUCCACUGCAGCGAAACAAGACGGGUCAUUGAACCCCCCUCUCAAGGGACGGCUCCAGAAGUCCCAAGGAUUGAGCCCAUCGAGGGCUACUAAUCAGAGUCCAUGGCCUCAUCCACCGAGGGCAUUGGGUCAAUCUCCUCUUCGCCAGUGGAGGAAUCAAUUACCGAUGGCACAGGUUCGGGUUCAGAGUCAGAGUCAGAUGCAGGCAUGGGCUGAGAGCAAGUCGCUCUAGGUCGACCCCGCCGGACGGACGGUUGGUCCGGAUGGAGGCGGUGGAAGUCUGAUAUGAGGGUCCGAUCUACAAUCCGCCCAGCUGGAACCCACAUCCUCUCCUCAGGGCCAUAUCCUUCCCAGUCCACCAGAUAUUGGAGGCCCCUGCCCCGACGGCGUGACUUGAGCAGGCGGCGAACUGUGUAGACAGGACCGUCUUCCACCAGGCGAGGAGGGGGAGGUGGUGCCGCAUCGGGGACCAAGGGGCUUUCAUGGACUGGCUUUAGUUUGGAGACAUGGAAGGUUGGGUGAACCCUCAUAGACCUGGGUAGUUUGAGUCGGAUAGCUGAUGGGCUGAUGAUCUUCUCGAUGGGAAACGGACCAACGAACCUGGGUGCCAGUUUACGGGACUCCACUUGGAGUGGCAGAUCCCGGGAAGAAAGCCAUACUUUCUGGCCCACUUGGUAAGCAGGGGCUGCGGUCCGUCGUCGGUUGGCUCUGAUGGCAUAACCAGAAACAGACUUUAAAAGAGCGGUACGAGCUUGAGACCAGAUUCGACGACAUCUCUGUACGCAGGCUUGGGCGGACGGGCAGGAAGCGUCACCUUCCUGGCUGGCGAACAGGGGCGGUUGAUAGCCGAAGACCGUGUGAAAGGGAGACAGGCCGGUGGCAGAGCUGGGAAGGGAAUUGUGAGCGUAUUCCACCCACAGCAGAUGUUGCGUCCAGGAAUGGGUGUUUCGUGAAGCCAUGCAGCGGAGGGAUGUCUCAAGUUCUUGGUUGAGCCUUUCCGACUGGCCGUUUGACUGGGGGUGAUAGCCUGACGUGAGGCUCGCUGUGGCUCCCAGGAGGCGGCAGAACUCCUUCCAGAAAGAGGAUGCAAACUGCGGACCCCGGUCAGAUACAACAUCCCUCGGUAGUCCGUGAAUUCGGAACACCUGCUCCAUAACCACCUGUGCCGUCUUCUUAGCAGUGGGCAAUCUUGGCAGCGGAAUGAAGUGGGCCAUCUUGCUGAACCUGUCCACGACCGUGAGAAUGACAGUGUUUCCUUCAGAAGGAGGGAGUCCAGUUACAAAGUCCAUUGAUAUAUGGGACCAAGGGCGUUUGGGGACUGGCAGGGGUUGGAGCAAGCCGGCUGGGGGACGGCUGAUGGUCUUGUUCUGGCUACAGGUGGGGCAGGCCUUCACGAAGUCUUGGACAUCUGUUCUCAACGAUGGCCACCAGAAUCGCUGGGAGAGCAGGUGGAUGGUGCGUGUGACCCCAGGGUGGCAAGCCAGGUGGGAGUUGUGUCCCCACUGGAUCACCUGGGACCUCAGAUUAUCAGGAACAAAGAGGCGAUCAGUGGGGCAGGCACUGGGACCAGGCUGAUCCCGGAUGGCUUCUUUAACCUGCUCCUCAAUGUCCCAGGUAAGCGUGGAAACUAGGCAAGAUUCCGGGUUAACAGGACUGACAGGUUCAGGGUUUUCCGCGAUUACAGGACUGACAGAUUCAGGUUCAGGGUUUUCCGCGUUAACAGGACUGACAGAUUCAGGGUUGGUGGGUAUGAUCGCCUCCCUCAGGCAGGUCUGAUGGCAUCUACUGCCCCAUUCUCGUACCACUCCAGUCUCCCAAUCUAUGUUAGGGUUGUGCUGGCGCAGCCACGGAUACCCAAGGAUGAGAGGCUGACCUGGUGAGGGGAGCAGAUGGAACUGAAUGGACUCGUGGUGGUUUCCGGACAGAAGCAUGGUCACCGGGGCUGAGAUGUGGGUCACUGUGCCGAGUAGAUGUCCAUCCAGAGCUCGUGCAGGAACGGAUGGGGAAAGUUGGUGACGCCGAAUGCCGAGCUGUUGGGCCAGAUCCACAUCCAUGAUGUUGGCCUCCGCUCCAGAGUCGAUGAGAGCGGUCAAGUGACGGGUGGUGUCAGACAGCAGGAGGCGAAUUUGGAGAAGGGGGGGUUUACGAAUGGGGAGAGACAGAAGACACGUUGAGCUCACCCGAAUCUCCCCUACGUCUGGUGAGCUCUGGCUUUUGCCGGGCAGGUAGCGAUUUGAUGACCCUCACCUCCGCAGUACAGACACAGAUUAAAGGUGAAACGUCGCUGGCGCUCUUCAGGGGUUAGGGCAGCACGGCCGAUCUCCAUGGGCACGGGCUGGUUUAACUGAGUGGGAGUAGCAACUGUAACAGGCUGAGAGGCAGCGGGUGCGUUCCGACCUCCCCUCUCUCGCCGUCGGGUCUGAAUCCGACGAUCAAUGCGGUUUACAAGGGCAAUGGCUUCAUCAAGGGUUCUGGGUAAAUCAUAGGAGACGAGCUCAUCUUUGAUGUAGUCCGCCAGACUGUGAUAGAAUGCGUCGAUCACAGCUUCCAUGUUCCAAUUGCUUUGCCUCACCAGAGUUCGGAAUUCAAUCGAAUACUCCGACAAUGACCGACUACCUUGACGGAUGGUCAUAAGGGCGCGGGAUGUCUCAGCGUUAGCAAAGCCCGGGUCGAACACUUUGAUCAUUUCAUCGGCAAAGGCAUUGAAGUUGUUACAAGCUGGUGUUUGUCUCUCAAAUUCCGCUGUUCCCCAAAGCCGAGCCCGACCAGUCAAGUGGGUGAUGACGUAUCCAACCUUAGCCCCUUCGGUUGAAAAGGUCCGGGGUUGCAGGGAAAAUUGUACUUUGCAGCUUGUCAGAAACGCUCGUACCUGAGUUGGGUUGCCGUUAAAACGUUCGGGGUAUCCAAUCUUGGGCUCAGGAGCGUCAAUAGCCAAGGCUGGGUUCACCGGAGCCGAGGUUUCUGGAACCAGAUAAUGGGAUUGUGAUGGCAAUGGAGUUGCCAGUUUGGUGAGAGUUUGGAUCACCUGAGUCAGUUGUUCUUGCUGUUGCUGGAGUUGCUGCUGGUGUUCUUGGCCGAUCUGGAUUAACGAUGCGAGGUCACCAGACAUCAGGGAGACCUUCUUUUCCGUUUGGUGAAGACGGUCCAGAACAGAGGGUUGAUACGCUGGUUCCAUUCUGGUCAGAUCGUACUGUCAUGUACGAGACGGAGGACCCAGUUGCGUAUCGCAGACAAAGGAUUUUAUUGAUAUUGACAGGUAAGGGAAAACUAUCAGGUCAAGCGAUAAUGGCAAGUUGACAUACAGACCUAUGUCUUUCGCUAACGAUCUGACACUGGAUGUUGUCUGCUCGAGGCUUUUAUAGUUUUCUCAGUUAUUCUUUAUGACAUCAUAAAGGACUUUGUGAUGCAUGAGUAUGAAGCGACAUAAUAAAGGGUCUUGUGAUGUAUGAGUGUGAAACAAUAUGAUGAAACAUUACUAGCUGAAAUAUUACACAUGCAAGAAGAUGAGACAUUAAUGGCAGAAACAUUAACACAUUAAUGGCUGAAACAUUAAUACGUGACAGAUUUCUGUUUGUUUGUAUAAAAACCUGAGCGUUUAGAGUUGACAAUACAUUGUUCCACUGCAGCGAAACAAGACGGGUCAUUGAAUAAAUGCUGAGCUUCUCCCGCCCAUUCUAUACAUAGCUAUUUGUUUAAGAAAAUAUGAAUGUGCAUGUGUCAUUAUAUGAACAAAAUGCAACAAAUGAUAUAGUGAUAUUUUUUAAAUGAAUUUUUAUUUUGAAAUAAUAACUUUCCCAAAGUAUUUGGCUUUAAUUUUUUUAUUUUUUGUUCUUUGAAAGUUUUUUUAAUAGCUCUAGAUGACAUUCUUUCACAGCCCGAAAUCCACAAAAUGUGAGAUGAUAGGUGAUUGCUAGAGAUGUCCCGAUCGAUCUAGUCCGAUCACGUCAUUUUCAAAGUAUUGGAAUCGGCAAAAAAAUAUCGGCCAAGCCUUUUUUUUAAUAUAUAUAUAUAUUUUUUAAUUAAAUCGUUUUCUAAUUGUAUUUAACGUUACAGACAUAAUAUGUUACACUUAUCCAGAGUCUUUAGUUUCGGCUUAAGGUAGGGUUAUCAAAUUUAUCCCAAUGACGGCGGUAAUUAAUUUUUAAAAAAAUGUAUCACGUUAAAAUAUUUAAUACCUAAUGCAUGCGCUGCACGACCUACCCACGUAUUGUCACGCUCCAUCUGUAAUGGCACCGUUUUGCCAAUACAGAGAGCUAAAAGGCAGCGUAAAAUGAGUAGGGUGAAUUUUGGCAGCCUUUGGAGACUUAUUAUAAUUAAUUAAAAUCUUACAAUCCCUCUCCCUACAAUUAGAAAUAUCGAGGGAAGCAAUGUGGGGAAGCAAGGUAGCAAUUGAUCUUUUCCUUAACACCUCAUGUUACAUCCCAUCGCAGAGAAGAUAUAUGAAUUGGUAGCACUACGCACAGUCGUGGUUUUACUUGUCAUGGUUCCACUUCCCAUCAUGCAUUGAGCAUGGCCUUCAGUAUCAUUUACUGAAAGCUCAACAAAUACACUAGAUGGCAAUAUUUAGUCCCAAUAAACAAAGUCACAAAUCUUUCUAUCCGUGGAUCCCUCUCACAGAAAGAAUGUUAAUAAUGUAAAUGCCAUCUUGAGGAUUUCUUGUCAUAAUAAACAAAUACAGUACUUAUGUACUGUAAGUUAAAUGUAUAUAUUCGUCCGAGUUUUGUUCAUUUUUUUCUUAAUGCAUUGCCAAAAUGUAUAUGAUCGGGAAAAAUUAUCGGGAAUGAUUGGAAUUGAAUCGGGAGCAAAAAAAAAAGCAAUCGGAUCGGGAACUAUCGGGAUCAACAGAUACUCAAACUAAAACGAUCGGGAUUGGAUCGGGAGCAAAAAAACAUGAUCGGAACAACCCUAGUGAUAGCCAUUGCGUUUUGUGGCUACUUUAUACUAUGGUCAAUACUGCAUUUGCAUGUGCAACUGAUACAAAAAUAAAUACGUUUUUUUAUUUUAUUUUAAAAUUUUGUUUUAUAUUUUUUGAUAUCGUAUCGUGACGUAUUGUAUCAUGGCUUUCCUAGGUGUAUCGUCCUAUCCCUGGAAAAGUAGCCAAAAGUUAUACUCAAGUAAGAGUAGCGUUUCUUCAAAAUAAUAUGACUCAAGCAAAAUUAGUCAUCCAAAAAACUUACUGCAGUACAUGUGAAAAAUUGUUAGUUGAAAAGAAUAUGUGAGUAAGAACUUACAAUAGUGUACAUUUUAUUCACAGAACAAUGCCAUCUAUCUAUAUGAAGCGUCUGCGUCUGAGAUAUAAAUACCUGGAUGAGCACUAAUUAUCUUUUACUUAACCCUGAAAAGACAGAAGUCCUUAUAAUAGGUCCCAAAAAUGUAAGAGACUCUUUAACUGCCCAGAUAGUCACUCUUGAUAAUGUAAGUGUAGCCUUCAGCACCACAGUUAAAAACUUAGGGGUUCUAUUUGACCCAGACUUAUCAUUUAAAGCUCAUAUUAAACAAACAUGCAGAACAGCCUUUUUUCACCUGGGCAACGUAGCCAAAAUUAGAAAUAUUUUGUCUAAAAACGAUGCAGAAAAUUAACUCACACGUUCGUUAUAUCUAGAUUGGAUUACUUGAUCUCCUUACUUGCAGCUUGUCCUAAAAGUUCUCUAAAAGGUCUUCAGCUAGUCCAGAAUGCAGCGGCAAAAGUUUUAACGGGAACUAAUAGCAGACAGCACAUCACCCCUGUGCUCCAGGCCCUUCACUGGCUUCCAGCCGAGUUUAGAAUUAAAUUUAAAAUCCUCCUUCUUACAUUUAAGACCAUUAAUGGUUUGGGGCCAUCUUAUCUCACCAAUGCUCUGGUUUCAUACCGCCCCAACAGAACACUCCGUUCUCAGAAUGCAGGUCUACUCGUAGUUCCCGGGGUAUCUAAAAGUACAGUAGGAGUUAGAGCCUUUAGCUACCAAGCUCUGGUCUUAUGGAAUCAGCUUCCAGCUAGUAUUAAAGAAGCCAACACAGUCUGUACAUUUAAGAUUAGACUAAAACCGUUCCUAUUUGACAAAGCUUAUGGUCAGGCUAGUUGAAAUCGGACUUGACUCACAGUUCAGUCUGAGCUGCACUAGAAGCUAUAACGCUGGGGGAAGUUCAGCCACUGAGUCCUAUCCUAUUUUCGUCACUCUACUUACCACUUGCCUUACUCCAUUUCUCUUUUCUAAUUCUAAUAUCUAGUUGACUAGUUUCUUCAUCACUAGUCACCCGGUGUCCCCCCUGAGGGGAGAGGGGCUAUUUUUCAGCGGCAGCCUCCUGACUAUCCUGACCCCUGGCUGGAUGGACGUCUUCGUUAACCACCACCCCCAC